AUGGCACAGCAGCCAAAGCGAUUCGUCGAGCCGACAGAGCACACACGACUAGUUUCCGACCCAUUUGGUACGUCAGAGCAUGACGACAGAAGUGAGCUUUAUCACGCGCGCUCUCCGCUGUGCCGUGCACCUUCGUGGCAGUUCUGGCGCACCACUUCGUCGCCUCAUCGAUUCUACCUUCUUAUCCUUAUGAGCUGCAUUCCGUUUGGUGAACACUUUGUUAAAAAUGGCAUGUCUUCUUUGGAGCAGCUUAUGCUGGAUGACAAGGAAUUUCCAAUCUCUAACACCAUGUAUGGUGCACUGCUAUCGGCCGUGUCGGUGCCUAGUAUGUUUUUACCACUGGUAGGAGGUCGCCUUAUGGACAAGAGUGGCUACCACAGCAUCCGUUUCUUUUUGGCUUGGAUCUGCGUCGGGCAGGCCAUCUUUGCGCUUGGCAUGCAGCUUCGACUUUAUUGGCUUGCGCUCUUUGGCCGCGUUUUCUUUGGUGUGGGUGCAGGUAGCGUCGUUGUCGGAGCGAGGGUUUUUAUCGCCUCUUGGUUCCGAAAUACUGAGCUCACGUUUGCUAUGGGUGUCAGUGUAGCCAUUACCAACAUCUCAAAGAUGCUUGCAAAAGCCACAGUGGCACCCAUUGCGCUAUAUUUUGGUGGGUACGUGCAAGCGCUAUGGUGCGGAGUGGCUGUUUGUGUGGCAUCGACUUUUGUUGGUGUUCUAGUCUGUCAUUAUACACAAAAGCUCAAGUGCAUUGUUAAAUGCCGCGUUAUUAGCGAGGAAGCCUUGGAUCCGAAUCUACAUUGGCUCACGGAUUAUGUCGAUAAAAAACGUCAAAAGCGUCGUUGUCCCAAGGUGAUCACUCAGACGAAGCAGAUGUCAUAUGAGAACGUGCAGAACUUUUCGCGCAUGUUUUGGGUCAUUGCACUGCUUCAUGUGAAUUUUAUUAAUGUGUUUCAUUUGUUUCAAAAUGUCAGUGCUAGCUUUCUGUACCAGCGAUAUCACUAUUCAAUCGUCAAAGCUGGCAUAGUGAGCAGCCUUUCGCACCUUUUUGUGGUUUUUGCACCAUGCAUUGGUCUGGCUAUCGAUCAUUUUGGUGGACGGAUCGUGCUUAUAAUCAUAGCUGCUAUUUUGUCAGUUUUGGCCUACAUUAUGAUGAUUUUUACGGAAACAACGCCAAUCGUUUCAAUGUGCCUCAUUUCCAUCUGUUUGUCAUUCACACCCAUGGUGCUGAUGGCUGCCAUCCCCUCUUCAGUUAGUCGUAAAAAUUUUGGUACGGCGUUUGGUAUCGUAGAGAUUACCGACGCGAUUGGUGCUACGUUCGGGAACCUCAUCGUAGGAUACUUACGCGAUGAGACGGGCGAUUAUUGUAGUGUUAUGCGAAUGUUGCUGUGUUUGGCAAUUUCUGUGCUAUUUCUUGCUUUGAUGUUGGUUUUCGAGGACAGUCGACAUGGCUGGGUACUUAGUGUUCCGAAUAAACGUUCUCGCGCGUUGACUAUUGGUGACGAAGAUUCGAUGAACAGUCGAGCGGCGCUUGACGCGCGUAUGCGAACAAAGAAGGAGACUGACGCUUUGUGCUCAGUGCAAUCAAAUGUUUAA